CAAAAACAUUGUCUCUCUUUGCUUACCAAUAGACAAACCUUAAAGCCACUUCUCAUCAACGAGAAAGCACACACCAAAAAAACCUUUAAAAACCACUCAUCAAAACACCUCAAACUCAUUAGUAUCUAAUGGCACUCGUUAAUGACCAUUCCAACAAGCCUAACUACAUCGCUAAACAAAACUCCUCAUCCUCAGAAGAUCUCUCUUCUCCGGAAAACUACGCAUUGGAUCAACCGGAGGCAGAUUAUGCCGGAGGAGGAGGAGGAGCUUCGGCUUCGAGCAGUAGCACGAUGAAUUCAGAUCAUCAACAAAACCAAGGGUUUGUAUUUUACCCAUCCGGUGAAUCCGUUGAAGAUCACAACUCUUUGAUGGAUUUUAACGGAUCAUCGUUUCUUAACUUCGACCACAACGAGCAUCACGAGAGCUUCCCUCCUCCAGCCAUAAGCUGUGGUGGCUUCUCUUUCUUGGAAGGCAACAACAUGAACUACGGCUUCACAAAUUGGAGUCAACAUCAUAUGGAUGCUAUUAGCCCUAGACUUAUGGAAACUCCGGGUGCAAACCAAGGCCACAAAGACUGGUUAUACUCUGAUUCAACUGUUGUGACCACUGGUUCUAGGCACGAGUCUAUGUCGCCUAAAUCCGCUGGAAACAAACGUUCUUUCACGGGCGAUAGCAUUCAGCCACCUUCAAAGAAACCGAACGGGAAGGCUAAGCCUAAGCCAACAACUUCACCUAAAGAUCCACAAAGCCUAGCAGCCAAGAAUCGAAGAGAAAGGAUAAGUGAACGUCUCAAGAUAUUGCAAGAACUUGUACCUAAUGGCACUAAGGUUGAUUUAGUGACGAUGUUAGAGAAGGCUAUUAGUUAUGUCAAGUUUCUUCAAGUACAAGUUAAGGUACUUGCGACCGAUGAGUUUUGGCCGGCACAAGGAGGAAAAGCUCCAGACAUUUCUCAAGUUAAAGACGCCAUUGAUGCCAUCCUUUCCUCAUCACAACGAGACAGGAAUAAACCAAUCACCAAUUAAUGAAGAGUUUAAUCAUUAAUUAAUUACUCAACAUUAGUUACGUUGUAAUAAGAUCGGGAAGAACAAUGAUUCUCUCGAUGACUUCCACGUAAAUUUUAAAAAUUCCGAUCCGAAGACUAUGUAACGUUAAAUUAUGUAAAAAUCGAGAAGUUCUUAAUGCAUCCCUAUCGAGGAGAAGACAGGAGACAUUAAAAUCACCGAUGAUCAGUUCGAUAGUGGGUCCACACGAGGGUGUAAUCUUAACUACUCCCUCCGUUUUUUAUUAUAUGAUAUUUUAGAAAUGUG